AUGACGGAAAACGCGCAGGCAGAGGAGCACAAUGCUCCCGUCACCGUGGCAGACUCGGCAGUCCCUCAGAUGCAGGACGCUAACGGCGAUAUUCGUCUGAACGACCAACCCGAUGGCGAGAAUGACGGACCUGCACCUAAGCGACAAAAGGUCGACCAUGAGUCCACCUCAGAACAGCAAGCUGCGGUAAAACCGACAGAUAGAUCAGACAGAAGCAGAGAUGGGGCUGCGCAGAUCAAACCAGAAUAUUUCAUUUCUGGAGAAGCUCAACGAGUCAUUCACGAUGAUGCUGCUGAAGCAUCUAUUGCGACCAAUGAUGCCGUCAAUGGCAACCCGGACCCCAGAGAUGGAGGCGAGAAGGGAAAGAAAGGGAAGAAAAAGAAGCAAGGCGGUCAGAACCAGAACCGCUCCUACGGUCACUUCGAGGAUUCAGUAAGGCUGUGCAACAGCAGGACCUACAGCAACGAGUUCUCCCCCAAAGAAUGCAAAUUUGGCGACAGAUGCAACUUGAGCCACGACCUUCGGAAGUAUCUCAGUGAAGGACGACGUCCCGACGUCGAAGUGCUCAACGGCCAAUGUCCCAUUUUCGAGACAUACGGCCGUUGCACCGCCGGCUGGAAGUGCCGCUUCGUCAAGAGCCACUCCAAGGAGAUCGAGCAUGAGGAUGGACGCAAGGAACUCGUACUCACGACGCCGCCGGACACAGACGACGACCCGGACGCUCGACCUGGCGUUGUCAACGUCGCAUCGGCCGACAUCAAAUGGGACCUCGCCAAGAAGAAGGUCAAGUUUGAGAAAUCCGAGGCUUACAACAAAUGGCUAGAUAAGGACGCGGACAUCACGCGGAAGCUUUACAACUAUAAGAAAGAGAACGACGAAGACGACGCUGCCGGUAUUCAGGAGCUCAGAGCCCAAUUUGUCGACCCGCCGUUCAAGCCGUCGGAGAAGAGAAAGAUCUACUUCGGACGAGAAACGCCGGUCCUGGCGCCCCUCACGACCCAGGGCAAUCUCCCUUUUCGACGGCUGUGCUCCGAAUUGGGAGCCCAGAUUACAUACUCGGAGAUGGCGAUGGGCCUACCCCUCAUACAGGGACAGAAAGGCGAAUGGGCCCUCAUGAAGGCGCACGAGACCGAACUAGCGCCUCCUCGAUUCACACCCGAGAAUGGCUCAAUCGUCGAGGGCUACGACAACGCCAAAGAUCUCAAGUGGGGAGCACAGAUCUCUGGCAACCAGGCGUGGGUAGCGAUGAAGACAACGGAAGCUCUGGUUCGGUUCCUCCCCCACAUUCGAGAGAUCAACCUGAACUGUGGUUGUCCCAUUGAUAUGGUCUAUCAGACUGGUGCCGGAUCUGGCCUUCUUGACACGCCAAGCAAGCUGGAAAAGAUGGUUAGGGGCAUGAACGCAGUAUCUGGAGAAGUGCCCAUCACAACCAAGCUACGGACUGGUGUUCGCGAUGGGAAGCCAACGGCCGCUCGGCUCAUCGAGAGACUUGCUUUUGGUAAUCCCGAUACACGAGAGAGGCUCGGGGCGCCCGGCUGCGCGGCGAUCACGCUCCAUGGACGGAGCAGACAGCAGCGGUACACCAAGAAAGCCAACUGGGAGUACAUUGCCGAGUGCGCUGCGCUCGUCAAGUCGUACAAGGACCAGAGAGACGAGCUCACAGACACGGCGAUGAUGCCGGAUGCGAGCACGCAGGCCAACACGCCCGGCGGUAAGCUUUACAUGAUCGGCAACGGCGACUGCUACUCGCACGUGGACUACUUCGACCACAUCGACAACGCCAAGGUCGACUCGGUGAUGAUCGCCCGCGGCGCCAUGGUCAAGCCCUGGAUCUUCGAGGAGAUCGAGAAGGGCCAGUACCUCGACAAGUCAUCGUCCGAGCGGCUGGGCUACAUCGAGAAGUUUGUCCGCUACGGCCUGGAGGCGUGGGGCACGGACGAGCUCGGGCUGGGCUUCACCCGGCGCUUUUUGUUGGAGUGGCUGAGCUUCACGCACCGGUACAUCCCGCUCGGCAUCCUGGAGCACCUGCCGCCCAACCUCAACGACCGGCCGCCGAAGUACCGGGGCCGGGAUGACAUGGAGACGCUGCUUGCCAGCCCCAACUACAAGGACUGGAUCAAGAUCAGCGAGAUGUUCCUUGGUCCUGCGCAUCCGAACUUCUCGUUUCAGCCGAAGCACAAGUCCAACAGCUACGAGAUCGAUGCCGAGGGAUAA